AUGGAGUUAUGGUUGUUGCAACGAUGAACGCAAACGCAUUUGUAGACUACCUAGGUAGAUGACGUCACAGCAAACGCGAGACCCUAUGUUUACGGUACGUAUUUCGCGUCUGUGUACAAACAACGACAACAGCAACACCACCUGCGUAGCAUCCAUAACCUCACCAUGGAUAGCUACGCGCCCGAACUCUCGAUGCUUCGCCUGAAGCGACGCCGUAACGACGAAGCCCAUUUACGCAGUGACCUUCCGCGAGCGAAGAAGGUAGCAAAUAAUCCAACAGAGACUUUCAACUUCAUUCGUCUCCCAGCAGAGCUUCGCAAUCGGACCUACGAGUAUACUGUCGCAGAGGUACCCUGUCAGCUACUUUCGCCCGUCCUGCACCAAAAUCAUCGACCUCGUGAUCAAUGCGCCGCGGGUAUCGCGUUGACACAGGUCUCUCACCAGGUACGAUCCGAGUACCGACCAAUGUGGCUUAAACGCGCCAAGUUCGUCAUCGAUUGGCACUCUGUACACGCGUUCCUCGAGAGCUUUUACCCGAACGAUAACGAGUACGGCAGCGGUCCCAAGAAGCUCAUCGUACAGUACGAGCCGGCUUACGAUUGCACGCUGGAACGUCCGACGGAGAUCAUUCAUCUAGUGCGAUUGGGCCUGACUUUCAAGGGAUUGGAAGUACGCGUUGUUAAUUUCGAUGAACGCUCUCCCGCCGGUACCUCUAUCACGAAGCUAGUACAAUAUGGUUCUACAUGUCUCGAGACUGUCCAACAAGACACUGCUCUGGUCAAGGAGGCGAAGCGGAAGUGGCGGGUUGCUGUACAGGAGUACGAGGUGAAGAGUGUAGCCAUUACUAUGCAAUCCUUGGACGAAGAUGUGGAUGUACAUGUUAAGGUCAGUAGGAAGUUCGCCUCAACGAUGGGUACUGGAGGUCUUGAUGGGCUAUGGGACGAGAUAGUGGUCUCAUAGACCCUCCACCGGUAUGAUGUAGGUGAGAGAUGGUGCGAUUCGUCAUGGAAGAAAGAAGUCGAACGUAGCCAAGAAGUCAACACUACCUUCGGUUUUGUUGACUCUCGUCUGUAGACUGAUGUAGCCUGGAGUGCGCCUGUUCAAUUCUACUUUUCAUAUGAGGUGCGCGCAUGGCAGGUGGGGCCGCGGGCAAUGAACGUUUUGGGUUAGCGUGAGAUUGGACGCCUGAUUGAACGUGAAAGCUCCAGGCACGCCGGGACGCUCGCCGACUCCUACGUGAC